AUGAAUAGUUUUGGAUUUGUAACCGCUCUGGCGGUGGUUUGUUUGACUAAGGUCGAAGCAAUACCAUGUGGAUGUCCAGCCCCGUUACUUCCACUCCCGUGUCUUCCAGUCCCACCGUGCCUACCAGCCCCACCCCUCCUUCCAGCCCCACUGGCCCUACCAGUUCCACCCCUGCUACCUGCAGUCCCACCUUGUAUUCCAGCCCCACCAAUCAGUCCGGCGGCCCUAGCCUCUUUAUUGGCUACUCUUAAAGCAGCAGCCCCUGUCGCUCCCCUUACAACCCUCCCUGCUGCACCACCCGCGUUACCGGCCUUCGGACCCGCCCCAACCGUAGCUACAACCCUGGCAGUCCCCGCACCGGCACCUCAGGUCAUCGCUCCAGGACCAGCACCAGGACCAUUGAUAAUCCAAAUACCGUCAGUAAAAGGAAAGUGCGCACCAAUUGUCGUUCCAGCCGGUCCAGCAGCUAAUCUGCUCGUUAAACUGACCCAGAGUCCAGCACCCGCCCCCAUCAUACUUCCAGGUGCGGCACCCGGACCUAUCGUCAUCAACGACGGAAACGUAGUGAAGGAACAAUCCAUCUCGUACGCUCCAUCUCCAGAUCCAAACAAAAUAUUCUUCGCAUUACCAGCCCCAUUACCGACUCCACCGGUCGUUUUACCACCAGCGCCAUUACCAAAAAUAUUCUUCAAUCCCGGUCUGUACGUCCAAAAACCUGAUAUCGUUUUCCAAACUCCAGUUGGUCUACCACAAUUGUUUUUGAUUCCUUCGCCGUACGGAUGUCCACCACCAUGCUUCCCACCACCGGGUCCAUGCAACCUGCCUCCAGUCCUCGCUAAGGUCCCUGCACCUUGCGUUUGUUAG